AAUAAUUUCAUAAGAGAUUCUAUAAGAGAUUUUAUAAGAGAUUCUAUAAGAGAUUUUAUAAAAGAUUCUAUAAGAGAUUCUAUAAGAGAUUUUAUAAGAGAUUCUAUAAGAGAUUUUAUAAGAGAUUCUAUAAGAGAUUUUAUAAGAGAUUCUAUAAGAGAUUUUAUAAGAGAUUUUAUAAGAGAUUCUAUAAGAGAUUUUAUAAGAGAUUCUAUAGGAGAUUCUAUAAGGAUUUUUAUGUGGGUUUCUAUAAGGGAUGGUAUUUAUUCACCAUUCGUUCAAUAA